AUGAGCACUGCUGCCAAUAACCACUGUCUGACAAGGACUGGAUCACAAUGGAAUCUACGUUGCGAUCUCUCGCCUGCCCUGCGUAUUUCAUCGAUACCGGAAGCAUCCAAGUUAGAAGUCCUUCAAGCUCAAGGAUGGGCUUUUGCUCGAGAUCACUACUGGGUCAAGAAUUCAAUCCAGCACCGGCAUUAG